GAGCGGAUAUGUCUGAAGGACCAGCAACAGCCGAAUGGGACAUCAAUGACGCCGUAGUCCCCAGGGUCACCAGUUUCGAUACGUUCGGCGAGUGGUGUGACGGGCACGUACGUCGCGUUUACCCACCUGGCUGCGAAGAAGCGAGGCGACAUGCUUCAGGCUGGGCCAUGAGGAACACAAAUAAUCACAACGUACACAUAUUGAAGAAGAGCUGCCUCGGUGUGCUCGUCUGUUCCACUCGAUGCCGACUACCGGACGGAUCGAGAGUUCACUUGAGGCCGGCUAUAUGUGAUAAAGCGAGGAAAAAACAACAAGGUAAACCCUGCCCAAACAGACUUUGCAACGGCGGACGAUUAGAAGUUCAACCAUGCCGAGGUCACUGCGGCUACCCUGUUACACAUUUUUGGCGUCACACAGAACAUGCCAUCUUUUUUCAAGCUAAAGGAUCUCAUGACCACCCGCGGCCAGAAGCUAAAGGAGCCAGUGAAGUACGAAGAUCUCUCGGUGCAGGCAGAAGAGUCCGCGGCCUCGCCUUACUACUCGCCAGAGACGCAGCAAUAGCCGACAAAAUAUUAACUGUCAAACCAGAUAAACAUAUGCAACAAAAAAUCAACAUCCACCCACAACCACCGCCGCUUAUUCCUGAUAACCAAAGAACUCUUACCUGUACCUGUGGACCGUUCGAGUGCAAUUGUCGAUGGCGAUCCGAAACCGCAGCGGAGCCAUACGCAGCUGCUGCGUGGACACCGACGGAACACCAGCCCUACACAGCUUACGUUCCUCCUACGCAACCAACGCAAUCACUUCCCCAACAUCAAACUUACGAUCCAAACGCGUUACCCGCCGAUGACAUUUUCCAUCCAGAAGAGAUAUUCCAACUCGACCAACCGAUUCGUCUCGACUUUCCAAUCGAAGAAAACACGCUCGAAUCUCCACCCACUUUUGCGGACUUAAACAGUGAAAAUUCCAGGCCUGAAGACGCCUACUGGUUAGAAUGGCAACGGGCUGCAGGUGGUUCGGAAUCUAGCGAAACACCUUCACCCGAACUAUUUGGUAAUCACUAUCAACAAGCUGAAUCAUACUGUGAUCAACAAUCUUAUGUCCACCAAACAUAUUAUCCCGAAGAGGCUCAGUACUACCCAAUGGAACAUGUUAGAGACGCUUCGCCGGUCAUGGAGAUGCAAGACCAGCGGUAUUACAGAUACGGACAAGAUUGCGCUCAAAACAACUUAGAUAUGCAAGGGUGGAACUAUUCCGAUUGUGCCUUCAACACGCACGAAGUGCCCGAAUGCAAACAAUAUUAUGACGUACAUCCCUCCCAAACCGUAAACACAUUUAGUUCAUUAUUAUAA